AAAAUCAGCAGAGACCAACUCUGAUUCAAAGUAUUUUCCAGCGACAUCAACCACCCGUCGUAUCCCCAGUGCACUUACACUGCGCCCUCGCCAUGUUGUAUCUGGUCGGGCUCGGUCUGGCGGAUGAGACAGAUAUCACUGUUCGGGGACUGGAAAUCGUUAAGAAGGCCGAACGAGUGUAUCUUGAAGCUUACACGAGUAUCUUACUGGUGGAUAAGGAAAAACUAGAAGCGUUCUAUGGACGCCCUGUCAUUGUAGCAGAUCGCGAACUGGUCGAGACGGGCAGUGAUGAUAUACUACAAGAUGCUAAUAAAGUAGAUGUCGCGUUUCUGGUAGUCGGAGAUCCAUUUGGAGCUACAACGCACACUGACCUCGUCUUGCGCGCCCGCGAACUCGGCAUCAAAACGUCAACCGUACCAAAUGCCUCGAUUAUGUCCGCCAUAGGCUGCACGGGUCUCCAACUUUAUAAUUUCGGUCAGACCGUCAGUAUGGUAUUUUUCACAGAGACAUGGAAACCAUCUUCGUUCUAUGACCGAGUGAAAGAGAACGUUCAACUAGGGUUUCACACGUUGAUGCUCCUGGAUAUUAAAGUUAAAGAGCAGUCGAUAGAGAAUAUGGCGCGCGGAAGGAAAAUAUAUGAACCACCAAGAUACAUGACUGUUGCGCAGUGUGCGAGUCAGAUGCUGGAAAUAGAGGAAGAGAGGAAAGAGUGUGUGUAUGGUCCGACUAGCCUUGCUAUAGGCGCUGCGCGAGUUGGUGCGCCGGAUCAGAAACUUGCCGUGGGGACAUUGAAAGAGCUAUGUGAUGUCGAUAUGGGUAAACCCUUGCACUGUUUGGUUCUGCUCGGGAAAAAGACCCAUGAUCUAGAAAGGGAUUACAUUCGGGAGUUUGCCGUCGACAAGGCAACUUUUGAUGAGGCUUGGAAAGCAAAUUAUGGAACGAGUUCAUGAACGUCUGUUCUAAGACAAAAAUAACAAUUUAGAUAUAAGUAAACGCGCAGCAUCAGUCUAAGAACAUAGCCAUUUUUACCCUUAUUUUCAUAGAUUAUUUUUACAACUUCGGGGUUAGUUAUCUUGCAAUUGGAACUCUUAUUGGCUCUUUCUCUUUGCCUCUGUACCGUACCACUGUUGUGGUUUUGCGGGUGAUGUUCAAGGUCAAGCCCUUGCCGCAACUUUUUUUCGCUUCUCCACCAG